AACUCAGAAUGUGACAGUUACUGAAGGAGGAACUGCAAAUCUGACCUGCAGAGUGGAUCACAAUGACAAUACUUCCCUCCAGUGGUCAAAUCCUGCUCAGCAAACGCUCUAUUUUGGUGACAAAAAAGCCCUCAGGGACAAUCGAAUUGAACUGGUUCGAGCAUCAUGGCAUGAGCUUAGCAUUAGCAUCAGUGAUGUGACUCUGGCAGAUGAAGGGCAAUACACGUGCUCCCUCUUUACAAUGCCUGUCAAAACAUCCAAGGCCUUACUCACAGUUUUAGGUGUCCCUGAAAAGCCAGAGAUUAAUGGACUUAAAAAACCAACACAAGAAGGAGAUAAAAUCACUCUUACAUGCAAGACCUCAGGCAGCAAACCAGCAGCUGAUAUACGUUGGUUCAAAAAUGACAAAGAAAUUAAAGGUGUGAAAGAAGUGAAUGCAAGUGGCAAAACAUUUACUGUAAAAAGCACUCUGGAACUGCAAGCUGAUAGGAAUGAUGAUGGGGCUACAGUCAUCUGCAGAGUCGACCAUGAAGCUCUAAGUUCAACACCACAACUGGCCACUCAAGUCCUUGAAAUUCAUUAUGCUCCAAUUGCAGAAAUUAUACCAUCUGUUAAACAUCCACAAGAAGGACAAAUUUUAAAACUCAUCUGUGACUUUAAAGCAAAUCCAAUGCCUGACCCAGUUCUAUGGACUAAAGAUGAUGGUGAAUUGCCUGACCUUGACAGGAUGACUGUCAGUGGUAGAGAGCUGACUAUCAGUCUUCUAAAUAAGACUGACAAUGGAACUUAUCGAUGUGAAGCUGCCAAUCGCAUUGGAAAGAGCAUUGGAGAAUACACACUCUUUGUUCAUGCAGCUAUAUCAGCCUGGUCCAUAGUCACCUGUGCCAUCACCUCAGCAGCAGCCACCAGCACCACCUUAAAAGAUCCGAGUGCACUGUCUGACCAGACUGGACCUGACCAUGCUGUUAUUGGAGGAGUAGUAGCUGUUGUCGUCUUUGUUACCUUGUGUUUAAUAAUUGUACUUGGAAGAUAUCUGGCAAGACAUAAAGGAACAUACUUAACAAAUGAAGCAAAAGGAGCUGAAGAUGCGCCUGAUGCAGACACAGCCAUUAUCAAUGCAGAAGGCAACCAGGCAAAUGCAGAAGAAAAAAAAGAAUACUUUAUUUAGAUAUAGGCUACAUUUUUGCUUACUGAAGUUGCUGCUUGUUUAAACCAGCAAUUAAUUAGUCAUCUUUCUGUAAUUAUUGUGUUCAUAUAUUAUAUACACAUCCAUACAUGACAUAUAUACACACAUUUGUGUGUCAUUUAAACUUCUGUACAUUCUUGUUAAUAGCUGGUUUCCUCAAGCAACAAGUUGCUGAAGAUGCUUCUUUUUUAUUACAUAUUUUCAGUAUAAGAAAAACCAACAAACAACACAUACUCCCAUGCUACAGCCCCUUUCCAAAAACAGUGCUCAAUAUACAGACAUUUAUUUAAUUCAAAUAUAAUUUUGUUUCAAAGGGAGCAAUUUUUUAAUAUUACAUAAAUGUUUGAUAUUGUAUUAUACAUUUUAGAAACUAUACUGUAUAAUAGCCCAUUACUCUUAAACAUAUUAGUAUUGUUCCAAUUAUGAUGUAAAAAAAAAAAAAAAAUACAAAAUUUAAAUGCUGUUCCUUGCCCUCCUGUAUGUGUUGUGAAAAUAAUUUAAGAGGAGUGGAUGAGUGUAUAUUACAUUUAGAAUUAGGAUUUAUUUUAGGAUUUUUAUCCACUUAUUAAUGUCUGAAAAUUUUAUAGUCAAACAGUUUAUAUGCAGCAUGUUAACUUAGUGUUUCUAGUAGUAUUUAUACAUGUGAGUGCAGGUACAAACACUUUAUUAUAUGUGUGUCCGGACACCAGAAAAGCACAACAUGAACCUACAGCCAUUUUUAUUCCCUCAUUCUGCGCAUUUAUAUUAUGUCUAUAUAUUGCAGCACUGGAAAAUGUAUACAUUAAAACUGGAAGCACAAACCCGAACGAAAAAGAAAAAAGCAUUAAUGUAUCAGCCUGUAGACUGCCUCAGGAUUCUGUGUUCUGAUAUUAUAAAUAAGUUCCAAACCAGUCGUGUUGUAAUUAACACACAUCUCGAUUAGGCUGUCAGACAGGACACAGAAGCAAUGCGUUUGGAUUGAAUUUAAUGGUGUUGUUUUUUUUUCCCAAAUGGAAAUAAAUGAGCUCCCUUGUUGAUACAGCUGUAUAUCAUGUCUGCUAAAUGUGCUUAUUAGUGCAAAUUAUUGUUUAAUUUUGAUACCCUCUUACUCUAAAUUUGUAUACUAGUUCAAUUUCUCUAUAACACUCUAUACACAUGUUCAAUUUAUCAGUCAUUUUUUCAUUGCCUGUAUGUUUUUUCUCUCCCCAGAAAGCAUGUAUAUACAGUGUAAUUAAUAACAUUUAGUAAUAGACUUAUUCAAAAAUUAUCCAGCUGUUCUGCAACUACUGUCUGUUAAAGCUCUUGUUUUUUUGAUGAAUGGUUUUACUGAAAAGAAUUUGCAAUAUCCUAGUCCUGCGUAUAAAUGCUGCUUUCGAAAGAAAUAAUUUUGAUUCUGCGACAGCAGCCCUUCUCCACAUAGUGGGGCAAAAAAAAAACACACACACAUUAAGGCAGGCAACCAAUACAAUAAGAUUUAAAAAGUCAUUUGAAUUGUAUUUUUUCAAAAAAUUUUUUUGUACCUUUUUAGAUGAAAUCACUCCUAUGGAGUGAAUUAACUGUCAAGAUUAUCCGUGUGCAAAAAAACAAAGUUGUUGGUAAAAGAGUUUGCUUCUUCAUCCGCACAGCACGUCGUUUUAGGGGGUUCACUGUAUCACAGGCUCACUCACGAUGGCAGACCCCCAGUGCUAAACUGGUCAGCAUAAUCACUCCCAGUUGGAAAGACUCAAUGGAAAGGAAAUGCAGAACAGAUGGAUGAAGUGAGCGCAUGCCCACAACUGCUUUAGCUCUUUACUCUGCAAUAUAUGGUGGCACUUUGUGCCCAUUUGGAGCUCAUCCUGGACUGUUCAGCCUUUUGUCACAAAACAGAAAUGUCCUCAAUGUGGGUAUAAUGAAAAAUCUGUACAGUUCUUAUUAAUUGUAGUGAAUUCUUGUUUAGGUAUUUGAGGAAUAUUUAUUCAUUUUACUUUGGCUACAACGAGUCUUAGCUAUGUUACAAUGGCACAAGAUUGAAAUGAGCAAAUCAUGAAGCACUUUUAAAUAUAAUGUAACCCUUGUGCCAUUUGUGUUUUGCACAGAAACAUGUCAGAAAACAUCUGGCUUUGGUGUAAUUAUGCAUAUUAGAAAGAAAAAGUGCCCAAACGGUGCCACUUUGCAUAUCAGAGACUGAUGUUCUUUGUGAUUCUGUGUUCUCCGACAGCUCAGCCUCCAAAGGCGCACACGACUGACUCGACCAAGUGAGAGUUUCUGGGCCUCAGAAGGGCUAAUCUUACGACACUCAAAUUGGUUUUUGCACACUUGAAUUUUGAACAGCUAAUUCGCUCCAUAUUUGCUUUCAUACAUUCAACACAACAAUUUAGCUUUGUUGGACAUUUUCAUUUAUAAGUAGAAUUGUCUUUCAGAGAAAAAGGAAUAUCGUGAAGAAAGUCGAUAUAAAGAAACGCAACUCCUCGUACCUUCCAUUUUCGGUGCUCCCUGCCAUAAAGAUGAAAGAAGGGAGGCUCGUAUGUAUAAUGUUUUUAACAAAUGUGAAUUGUACAAAUAGCUCAAACUAUUUUCAUCAUUUCUUCUGCACUGUACCAUACAAUACGAUAGAUACAGUAGGAAAUCUCCAACCUCUUUACAACAGCUGUGUUAUCCAGUUACAGUAUAUGUAUUCAAAAUCGUAUCAAGCAGCUUAAGGAAACCGUCACCAUGGCUGCCUUUGUGUUUGCAGCAAACAAAAUGGAGGACUUUGUUAAAGGUGACAAAUUUCAAAAUGCAAGAGUAGUUAGCAUUCAUGACACUUUGUUAUAACAAAUCAACGUUCUUUAAAGUUUUUCUACUAAUUGCAUUUGCUUAAAGAUGUUUUGAUUUUGUUUUUUUUUUUUUUCUGGAAUACGUGAGGUCCUAGUGUUACCUUUGUUAAAAUGUCUUUCAAACAUGAUGAUUUACAACUGAAAAAUUAUUAUUCUUUUUAAUUAAAAACAUUGCAAGUCUCUAAUAAGUGUGCCCGUUUUCAUGAAACAAGCUAAACUGUUUAGCAUAGUCAAUAAUUAUUGCUUUUUUUAUUAUAAGGAAAUAUUUUGAUUUGCUUAUCAGUUGUUUUAAUCAGCAUUUGCGCACAUAAAGAAGGCUAACAAUGUCAGCAGUCACGAAUAAUCAGAAUUUUGAGUACACAACAUUUAUAGUACAGUUUCAUACUGCAAAACCUGAGUUAGGUAACCAGGUCAUAAACCUUACUUGUUCCAGGGGUCGUCUUAAAUCCAUUUAUUUUAGCAGACUUAAAGAAUGAAGAAUCCAAACUAGUGAGGAAACACUUUUACGGUUAUAGAACACAUUUUGAAUAUGCAUAUUUUUUUAGUUUACCAGAGAAAUUUGCCUAUCUGAUGAUAAGAUACAAAAGUAUUUGCAAUAUAUGUUUAAAAAAAAUCUUGAAAUCAAAAAAUGAAAAAAAAAAUUGUGUGCAAGUCCCUUUUGUGUGUAAUUUGACUCUUUCAUGAUGUAUUUUAAUUUUGCUGGUGUCUUAUACGAUUCCUGUCUUUUCCACCGGGGACCAUCGGUGCACUUGAAUAAACAAGCAGAUAUGGUGGAGAAGGAGGAAGCCUACACCACUGUAAGCGUCUGCCACAAUAGCAUUUUGUUCUUUUCUUUAAAGUGCCAGUUGGACUCAUGUGUGUCAAGGCACAUUAAAAAUAAUGUGAUGACUUGAACAGGAUUUAAUGUUCCAUGACUGCGCCUUCUGUCAACAUGGCUCAGGUUCCAUCUCCAUGACCUUCUUCUUUCUGCUAUUCAGCUUACAUGCAUCAGAGUGUUGAACAUCAGCAGCACUUCAAUGAUUACUCCCGUUUGUCUCCAAUGUACAUUUGAAUUUCUCUCUCCCUCACUUAGGCAUUUACUGUUUUUUCUAAAUGUAAAAUGAUAUUCCUCUACAGCUACUGUACAUAAGACAUUUCAUAUGUCAAGUUCAUUAACACCAUGAGGAGAUCCCCAGUGUUUAUGCAGGGAAUAUCGUUGCAGAUUACUUGUGUCAACAGUACAAUAAAUUAUUACAGUUGGCAUAAAUGGAGCAUGAACUGCUAGAAAACUUUGCAAUAUGAUGGAAAUAUUAUGGUGCCUGGUCACGGGUUUUACUUCUCACUGAAGCUGCUGCUGCUACCACAAUCUGAUAUGGACGAGAUCUCUUUAUGUUAGCCUCAUGAUUCCCAGUCUCUGUAACAGCGAAACUGUGAGCUCCCAGUUCAGGAGGCACAUUGUGGAACAGAAACUCAGUAGCUAUGGCAGUCAAAACCACUCCAAAUGUAAUUUGCCAGGUCUUCUUGCAAGACUUAUAAAUAGAGUUAUGUAGCAGUUUGUUGAAAUAGUAUUUAAUUAACACUUGCAUCUGCGACAGGAAAUAUUAGUAAAGUGUGUUUCCAUGAUGAAAAUGCAGUACAGCACUUUCGCUCUAAUCACGGUGGGAGAGACCUGAAACUCAAGGGUAAAAACAUUGAUUUUCUAAACUUCUUUUUAUGCUUUCACAGUAGAGAGGCAAAUAAAAGUUUCAUCUUACUGUAGUCAGGAAUUAUUUAUAAAAUAAUCUAAAAGACAGCUCUAAAAUACUAAUUUUAGUGAAAAACACUCAUUUUCUUUAACUGUAAAUGCCACAUAUCAGAUUUUUUAAAUUCCCACCUCAGUAUAUACAUUAUUAUUAAAGUUAUGUUAGUUUUCAUUAUUCAAGAGACUUACUCAAGAAGACCCUUUAAAAUGAAAGAGCAAGUGUUACAACACAUAGGCGGCCAAAUGGACAGGAUCCAUAAGACAUGCGUGUGUGUGUGUGUGUUUGGUUUUGUUUGGUUUUGUUUUUGUUUUGCCUAAUAGACUUAUUGAAAUGAGACAUUUUAACAUUUUGCACAGUUCUUCACCAAUAUUUUAAUGCUCUGUUGUUUGAUUUGAACUGUCAUAUAAAAAACGUGUUACAUAAAAGGAAAACUAGAAGACAUCAUAUUUACAUGUAGUGAAGUUUUGCAUCUCAGGAAUAUGUUUCAGUUGUCUCCCACUCAGAACUGUGAUAUGCUAGUUAAUUUAAAUAGCAUGUCAUUGUUCCAUGGAACAAUGGUUUUGUUGGAAUUUAAUCAUAAACUGUUAAUAAAAGAAUUUCAUGUUU